UCCGAUGGUGGAUCCGAAAACCAACGUUUCAUCAUAUCCGGGUCCAAAGGUUUCAUCCGAAUGGACUGCCGGUGGCUUUGUCUCUGUGCUGUCUUGCCGUGCGGCGCCCACCAGUAGACCAGCCAUGCCAUCCGUGGAUUGGCUCUCGUGGUCGCCUCAAGGUUGCCACUAACGUCCACCAGGACUCACCAUGACGGCUGAUCGCAAGGACCCCGAGUCGUUGCUUGUCCUUCGGCGGGUCACGACUUGAUAUGAAGCGUGUCAGCUUUCUUCCUACCUGGAUGUCGGAGCUCCCUCCAUUCUUCCCUUGAUACUGCGUAGUCAACAACACCUCUGCCACCGUUUUAAGCCUUCGUGACCACCACUGCCAGCACCAAUAACAACAAGCGUCCUCACUCCCAUACUCCGGUCCACUACCCACCCUUCCUAUCAACAUGAGGCUCAUCAUUCGGGACCGCUCCGAGGCUGCGAGCGCCUAUGUUGCCAAGUACAUCAUCGAUCGCAUCAACCACUUUCAGCCAACCCCCACUCACCCUUUCGUUCUGGGCCUCCCCACAGGUUCCAGCCCGUUGGGUGUCUAUAAGAUUCUAGUCGAACAGCACAAGGCUGGCAACGUCUCUUUCGAGAAUGUCGUCACGUUCAAUAUGGAUGAGUAUGUUGGUAUCCCUCGGGAUCACCCAGAGAGCUACCACUCCUUCAUGUGGAAGAAUUUCUUUGCGCACGUCAAUGUGAAGCCAGAAAACGUCAACAUUCUCAAUGGUAACGCACCCAACCUCGAGGCAGAAUGCGUGGAAUAUGAGGCCAAAAUCAAGCGGGCCGGAGGAAUUGACCUGUUCCUUGGUGGCAUCGGCGAGGAUGGACACAUUGCCUUCAACGAGCCGGGCUCAAGUCUAGCCUCGCGCACGCGUGUCAAGACGCUGGCGUACGAUACCAUCCUAGCCAACUCACGCUUCUUCGACAACGACAUUGCCAAGGUGCCCAAGAUGGCCCUGACUGUGGGCGUGCAGACGGUGCUCGAGGCACGCGAGGUCGUCGUCAUCAUUAUCGGCGCGCGCAAGGCCCUGGCGCUGCAGAAAUGCAUCGAGCAGGGCGUCAACCACAUGUGGACGCUCUCAAGUCUGCAGCUUCACCCUCAUCCGAUGAUCGUAUGUGAUGAGGAUGCGACUUUGGAGCUGCAGGUUAAGACUGUCAAGUACUUCAAGAGCAUUGAAGAAGUCGCGCUUCAGCAAGGUUUCGAGCAAAUCCUUCCCUCGGCGAUCCGGACCGGCGCCCAGGGCUCUUCUCAGCAGCCGCAGCAACAGUACCAGCGGCAGGUGACCCCCAUCGACACCACUGCCGCCGCCAGUGUACCGACGACUGCUAUAAACGGCAUUCCCCAGUCUCCACCCACCUCGCCUCAAAAGUACGAGCACGUCUCCUCUCCAACGAUCCUGGCUCCGCAGCCGGUUACCUCGCGACUGCUGCGCCCGACGUCACCAGCGAACGAGUAUCCGGUACGUUCGGUUUCGCCGGAUUUCGUGCCAGACCGCAUGGCCGACCGGGUGGUGGGGGUGCCGUCUAUCCAGCGACGGUUGACGCCGCAACCUGAGCAACAGCGUUUCGCCAGUGUCGGCGCUUGAACAAGGGCGGCUCCGUCAAGGUUUGGAUGGCUACUUUCUACCCACGGCGGAAGCUAUAAAGCUGGCCUCGUCGACAUUAGGCCAGGAACAUGGUCAUGCAUCGCAUGCUGCUCUUGGCAGCCACUCACACCCUCACAUCCUCCACUGUCUCUCGUCAUCAGCACUGCUCCUGGGAUUCUCGCUCGCGUUACAUGAUCGUACCCUCGUUCUUAAGCCCCAAGGGUUCCUCUUCUCAUUCCUCAGUCGUCAAGGUGUCACGCUCGCAUGCAAGGACGGCGCAUCAUAGGGAAAACGUGUACAUAGUCUUUAUAAAAUACCCAAUCGUUACUGCAUCAUCAUGAAA